AUGCGGCUGCUGCUGCUGGCCGUGCUGCUCUGGUUCUCGGUGGCCCGCGCGGGCUGCGAGCCCAAGAUCAUCAACAUCGGAGCCGUGCUGAGCACCAAGAAGCACGAGCAGGUCUUCCGCGACGCCAUCAGCCAGGCCAACAAGCGGCACGGCACCUGGAAGAUCCAGCUCAACGCCACCUCCGUCACCCACAAGCCCAACGCCAUCCAGAUGGCUCUCUCUGUCUGCGAGGACCUCAUCUCCAGCCAGGUGUAUGCCAUUCUAGUGAGCCACCCACCAGCACCAAAUGACCACUUGACCCCAACACCGGUGUCAUACACAGCUGGGUUCUAUCGGAUUCCUGUCCUUGGGCUGACGACUCGCAUGUCCAUAUAUUCAGAUAAGAGUAUCCACCUGUCCUUCCUACGCACGGUGCCCCCCUACUCCCACCAGUCCAACGUUUGGUUUGAGAUGAUGCGCUUUUACAAGUGGAACCACAUCAUCCUCAUUGUCAGUGAUGACCACGAAGGGCGAGCUGCCCAAAAGAAGCUGGAGACCCUCUUGGAAGAGAAGGAAUCCAAGAGUAAAAAAAGGAACUAUGACAGCCUCGAACAACUAUCCUAUGACAGCAAGCGAGGACCCAAGGCUGAGAAGGUGCUUCAGUUCGAACCAGGAACAAAAAACGUGACUUCACUGCUGCUGGAAGCCAAGGAAUUGGAGGCUCGGGUGAUUAUCCUCUCCGCAAGUGAGGAGGAUGCCACCACCGUCUAUAUGGCAGCAGCCAAAGAAAACAUGACUGGUCCGGGUUACGUAUGGCUGGUGGGAGAAAGAGAGAUCUCGGGCAACGCCUUGCGCAACGCGCCAGAAGGACUGAUUGGUCUACAGCUCAUGAACGGGAAGAAUGAAUCUGCUCACAUUAGAGACGCAGUUGCUGUGGUGGCCCAGGCUGUGCACGACUUGUUUGAGAAAGAGAACAUCACCGACCCUCCCCGGGGUUGUGUGGGGAACACUAACAUCUGGAAGACGGGGCCCCUCUUCAAAAGGGUGCUGAUGCAGACCAAAUAUGCAGAAGGCGUGACUGGCAGGGUGGAGUUUAAUGAAGACGGGGACAGAAAAUAUGCCAACUAUAGUGUCAUGAAUCUCCAGAACAACAAGCUGGUGCAGGUCGGAGUCUACAACGGGAGCCACUUUCUGCCCAAUGACCGAAAGAUCGUCUGGCCGGGAGGAGAAACAGAAACACCGCAGGGCUAUGAGAUGUCCACAAAACUAAAGAUAGUCACCAUCCACCAGGAGCCAUUUGUCUACGUGAAGGCCACCCUGGCCGAUGGGAAGUGCAAACCGCUGCUCAACAGCACGGGGGGACUGGUGCAGCAGGUGCUCUGUACGGGGCCCAACGAGACCAUGCCAGGACGCCCCAGUGUAAUGUUAUGUUGCUAUGGCUUCUGCAUCGACUUACUCAUCAAGCUUGCAAAGACCAUGAAUUUUACCUACGAAGUACAUUUAGUGGGUGACGGUAAAUUUGGCACACAAGAACGGGUGAACAACAGCAACAAGAAGGAGUGGAAUGGGAUGAUGGGGGAGCUGCUGAGUGGCCAGGCUGACAUGAUCGUGGCACCAUUAACCAUUAACAACGAGCGCGCUCAGUACAUUGAGUUUUCCAAGCCUUUUAAGUAUCAAGGACUGACCAUCCUCGUCAAGAAGGAAAUCCCCCGCAGCACCCUGGAUUCAUUCAUGCAGCCAUUCCAGAGCACCCUGUGGCUCCUGGUGGGGCUGUCGGUGCACGUGGUGGCCGUGAUGUUAUAUCUGCUGGACCGUUUCAGUCCCUUUGGCCGAUUUAAAGUGAACAGUGAAGAAGAGGAAGAGGACGCCCUGACCCUUUCAUCGGCGAUGUGGUUUUCCUGGGGGGUCCUUCUGAAUUCUGGCAUUGGAGAAGGUGCCCCAAGAAGUUUCUCAGCUCGGAUCCUUGGCAUGGUCUGGGCUGGUUUCGCCAUGAUUAUCGUGGCCUCCUACACUGCCAACCUGGCUGCUUUCCUGGUUUUAGACAGACCGGAGGAACGAAUCACUGGCAUCAACGACCCUCGGUUGCGAAACCCUUCGGAUAAGUUCAUCUACGCCACAGUGAAGCAGAGCUCGGUAGACAUUUAUUUCCGGAGGCAGGUGGAGCUGAGCACCAUGUACCGGCACAUGGAGAAACACAAUUAUGAAAGCGCCGCCGAAGCCAUCCAGGCUGUUCGAGACAACAAGCUCCACGCCUUCAUCUGGGACUCGGCUGUACUGGAAUUUGAAGCCUCACAGAAGUGUGACCUGGUGACUACAGGGGAGCUUUUCUUCCGCUCCGGCUUCGGCAUUGGAAUGCGCAAAGACAGUCCCUGGAAGCAGAACGUCUCCCUGGCCAUCCUCAACCUCCAUGAGAAUGGCUUUAUGGAAGAACUGGACAAGACUUGGGUGAGAUAUCAGGAGUGCGAUUCCCGCAGCAAUGCUCCGGCAACACUCACCUUCGAAAACAUGGCAGGUGUAUUCAUGCUGGUGGCUGGAGGUAUUGUGGCCGGGAUAUUUUUAAUAUUCAUAGAAAUAGCAUACAAAAGGCAUAAAGACGCCCGGAGGAAACAGAUGCAACUGGCGUUUGCGGCAGUUAAUGUGUGGCGGAAAAACCUGCAGUCCUCUCUCUCUCUUGUGGCCGUAGGAUUCACCUUCAGAAAAGGCCCCGAGCAUUUUUAUUUAGUGGAUAGAAAAAGUGGUAGAGCAGAACCAGACCCUAAAAAGAAAGCCACUUUUAGGUCCAUCACCUCUACCCUGGCCUCCAGCUUCAAGAGACGUAGGUCAUCCAAAGACACGACAGCCCCGCGAUGUCACCACGCCCAGCAUCCGUGAGCUGCAGUGCAGAUAGCCCUGUAGAGAGUCCCGGCUUCAGGAGCUGCUCAGCACAGGGUGGGCUCUUGUCCUGAAUGUUGAUUGACUUUUGUCCUGUACCCACGUCCUGUAUUACGGGGGUCUGUAACGGGCAAGGAGCGCGAGGCCCAGGCAGGGGCGAAGGGCAGGGCCCAGAGACCCUGGGAGGAGGGCGCCAGGAGGAGGGGGGCAGAAGGGGAAGGGGGGCAUGAGCAGUCUCUGAAAUGUCCCCCGUCUACGGAGAAGAGAUGCUGAUUGGCCGGACGUUGGUGGAACUCCAGGGCUGUCAUGGCUGAAACGCGCCUGGAGGGGAGUAGUUGCUCUCCAGGUGGUUGAACCGGAGGGCCGCAGAGGCUGUCGUGUGACACGUCCACCCACCCCACCACCCUGUCCCAGGCGGGGAUCCCUGAGAGAUGAUGCAGGUCUAUGCUGUCCUGGCAGGCAGGUGGGGAAGGCGCAAGCAGGACCAGGAGGGAAGAGCAGCGGUCCAGCUUGGGGGGACCAACGACUACAGCUCUGCCGCCAGGCAAGGAGUGGCAAAGGAGGCCACCGGCUUCCCGCUAGGCAUUCCCUUCCCAUUCCGCUCAUGUGUGCCAAUCAUGCUUUUUUAAAAAAGGGUGGCUACAACAGCAUCUUUUUUAAAUCUCUGGGGCAAUUUGAAGUUUAUGUUUGCCACAAACUAUUGCUACGGGCAAGCAAGUAGCUUUGAACUCUCUAAUAAAUGUCCUACUAAUAAAUUGAGGGGAUCUGCUAUUGUUCCCCAAAAGGUUUUCCUCAGAGAAACCAAACAAGCUGAGUGGGCUUUCCUAGGCCAUUCUGGCCCUGCCUCCCUCCCUCCCUCCCUCCUCCAGCAGGGACAGCAGAGACCCUUUCAGAGGCCUGGCCUCCUAGCAAUUACCUUCCCAAUUUAUCAUAAACCAUAAAGCUGACUGAGUUGCCUCGUUCUUUACUCACCGGCCACUGAAGCCACAUCCUAGGGUGCUAAAACUAAGAGGGAGAGGAAAGUGGUGGCUCUGGGGAGAGAUUUUGGGUCCAGCCCUGGCCAGCUUCUCUCCGUGGGCUGCAUCCUGUGCAGGGGACCUUCGACCGGCACUCAGCAUGCGCAGUCUGUGGCGCAAAGCGAGGGGCAGAGACGGCCCGUGCAUCAUCCCUGAGCGAUCUCCCACCAGGACGUGCGUCUCAAUUGCAUCAGCUGCUCGCAGCCAACCCCUCCCCGCCUAACAUCUGGCCCGUCUGUCUGUCUGUUUGUCUCUUGCAGCAGUAUCACCCCACAGACAUCACUGGGCAACUCAAUCUCUCUGACCCCUCUGUCAGCACCGUGGUGUGAGAUCUCGGGACGGACCAAUGGAGACUCUGAGGGCCCUUCUGGAGACACCAAAGGGAAGCCUUUGACAUCCACCCACGGCGUCUGCAUUGCUUUCUUCCCUCCAGCCCUGGUAGAUCCCAGCUUUCUCCAAGGGUGACCAAUCUCGUGGCCUUGGCAUGAACUACUGAAGAUGAGGCCUGGGAGCACCUCCGUUCUUUCUAGAGUGUGGCCUCUAUUUACUUCUCCUCCGAGACACGCAAAGAAGGUAGUUCUGAGGGAGACCCCCACCACCAAGGAGAGGCUGGACGGCACAUUCAGUGAAGCGGACUGGGUCUCUUGCUGAGGGGAAGAGUCUCGUCAUCAUUACAUGCAUGCACAGAACCUUUUACGCCCAUCUUACUUCACACGACUGUUCCCAGACUAUAUCAGGGGGCCGUAAAGAGGCCCCCCCACCCCACAAUUCCCUAUGUUUAUAUAUAGCAUUCUGUAAAAAAGGCCUGUCGUCCAUCACCUCCCACCCAGAGAGCCCUGUGGCCUUUUUUUGGCUGCCACCGUGAAGGUGCCGGUGUUCCCUCAAGACACCGGAGGUUUUAUCUGAUGUAGGUGUGUGUGUGUGUGGGGGGGGGAAUCUCCCGUCUCUCCCUGUUUUGACUAUUUCUUAUCUCAUUUGUGAAACAGAGUUUUAGUCAACUCCUUCCACACCUCCCACCUGGUAAAGCAACAUCUUCGGUAGGAUGGGAAGUUCCCGGCUUCUCUGCAACUCUUUGCUGACUGCCUAUCCAAACCUCCAGCUCUGCUCCUCCUCUGCAGAAGUGCUUUCCAGUCUCUGCCCCGAUGGAUACUGGCGCUAAGCCCUUUGCUCCUCUCCUGGGCUGAGGAAAGGGGGAGCUUUAGAGCUGUUCCUCUGUUUUCACAGGGUUUAUGGCUACACCCAUCGAGGUUUCUAACAAGCUUCCUCUGGCAAACAGGCACUUGCCCAAGAUCUGCCAGCCUUUUAGACAGAGAGAGUCCUGAUUCUUCCCUCCCCUGGCCCCAAUACGGGCUCCUCCGAACCAAUGAUCCUGCAGUCCAGCAUAUGCCACUGCCUUGUGGAAAGAAAGCCAGGCCUUCUGACUCUCCAGCUGAGAGUUAUGUUACUUCCAGAGCUUCCAUCUCUGGCCCUUGAGCCUCCCAAUAUUUUCAUUCCGUUACUCCGGAGGCUCCCUGCCAUGUAACACUGGCCUGUCUUCUAGGAUGGCUGUGAGUUUGACUGAGGUAACCCUAUAAAAAUACCCUUGGGAUGUUAAACUAGAACCCCAAAUUCAUUUUUGCACUUGUGGGUGCAGAAUCUCAAUCCAGAUGAAGACAAUCCCACUUGUCCAAAGAUUAUCCUCUCUAUUGAGAAGCAGAAGCACCUUUAACCUGCUCCCGUCCAUGCCUCAAGGUCAGUGCUCGAGCCCAGGGCAGGCUGCAGGCAGAAGGGGCCGGCUGCCCUCACCCCGCAGGCAUGGAGGUUGGGCAGCUCUGAGCCAGAGAGGCCAGCGCUUCCGAGAGUCAGCGAACCUAGGCUCCACGGUUCAUGUUGCAACUGCCCAGGGCCCCCCACAAUGGUUAGCAGAGCAGCGCCAAUUUGGGAUUUAUCCCAAGAACUCCAAACUUGGAGGAGGCACCUCAACAAGCAACUACCGCCUGCUCUUCCUACUGGAUCACUCCCCUCCCCCCCCGCCAUGUACCCUUCAACCCGAAUCCUAAUUUACAAAGCUGGCCUGUGUCCACCCACCCACGGAUUCUGUACAUGCUUACUCAGAGGUAGGGCCCACUGCAUUCACUGGGACCUUCUCUUGGGUAAGUAGAGAUGGAACUGUAUUUCUAACCAGGCUUUUUGAAAUAAAGCGUAUGACCGUGGACAGGGGCCCAGAGCGGCACCGAAGAAGCAGCGUUCAGUAAUUAAGAGUUAUCGUGUAUAGUUCUAUGGGUUUUGGUAAUAGUGAAUUUAAAUCAAUUAAUUUAAAAUGA